UAACUGACUUGAUUAGUUACAUCUGAGCCUUUAAAGACUAAGCAUCAAAAAAUAUGUUACCCCAGACAAAGAACGGCAUAACUAUCCGCAUCAUGACCGAGAUGGAUUAUCCGAAGGUGAAACUCUUCAUGAAGGAUAACUUCUACUACGAUGAGCCCAUGGGAAUGGGCGUGGACGAGCCGCUGCAUCUUCAAAACGAGGCGGACGAGGACAAGAAUCACCUGAAUAUGAUCAGCCAGAAGCUUUGCCUGGUAGCUACGGAGGAUACCAAUAAAGGACGCGUCGUGGGAAUCGUCCUGGCAGAGCGCCAGAUACCCGAAAACAUGGAAGACCAUCGCAUUUAUGCGGAGAAUUCCGAGCAACAUCUCUGGGGUCAAAAUUUGCGAUUUCUGUCAAAGGUUGAGAGAGAUGCUGAUCUUUUUAAUCGAUUUGGCGUAUCUGAACUGCUUUACUCGUACAUAACCAACGUAGAUGCUAAAUUGAGAGGAAAGGGCUUAGGUUCCCGUCUAGCUGCUGCCCUUAUGGAUGUCGGCCGCUCCAGGGGUCUUCCCCUAAUGGCUGCCUACUGCACCAGCUUUUACUCUGCUCGCCAAAAAGCAGCCUUGGGAAUGGAGUGUGUCCAUUCUUACCCCUUUGUGGAUUUUAGAGACAAAGAGGGACAUGUGGUGUUCAACCCACCACCACCACACACACACGUGCAGGUUAUGGUUAUGAGGCUUUGAAGGAACACUUUUUUUUACUUUUUUCUUUUUAAUUUAAAUAAAUUUAAUGAUGUUAAAAAUAAAAACCUAUCGCAAUUUUUGAAGAAUAAAUUCUAUCUAUUUUA